UAUUAUUUUUAUUAUUCUCUUCUCUCACUUGAUCAACUCAUGGCUUGUUCUUACAGUAGCAUUCUCAAGAAAACCUUGCUUGCACACAUCAAACUAGCAAUUCUUGCAGCACAGUCUUAUCUUCAACACUUUACAAAUCUUUAUAGAUGUUACAGAUCAAAGCAAAACCAUCAAGAACAUGUUGAAGAUAAUCUCCGGCCACCGCCGUCGAUGGUUCCGGUGCCCUACAUGAGCAAUGUGGUGUCGAAGCUGAUAAAGAAAAAACUACCUGUAACUAUAAGUGAGGUUGAUGAAGAUGAUAAUGGUUGCGCAAUAUGUUUGAAUUGCAUUGAGAAAAAGCAAGAGAUAAGAUUGCUGGGAAAUUGCAGGCAUUUGUAUCAUAAAGAUUGUAUAGAUAAAUGGAUUGACUGUGGCCAUGGAAGUUGCCCACUGUGUAGACUCAAGUUAUUGCCGGCCGAUGAAGUUGACAGUGUAAGAGAUGAGCAGAGAGAUCCAUGGAGAGAAGAGAGGAUCGCUUACUUGUUUGGUGAAGAUUGUGUGCUUGAUCAUUUCUAGCUCCAUUUUUAGUGCUAAGCGAGCCGGAAAUUGUAUAAUCUUGAUCGGUUUACUGGGUACUAUAAUCACAUUUUUUUUUUGUCAAAUAUGGUAAUCGACUCUUAGAGUCUCAAUUGUUAGUUGUUAGUUACCGGGACGUGAUUCGAACCCACAAUAUCCCGAUGCACUUAGAGACGCCUUAUCCAUUCAAAUUAGGCUCAUAUUAGCGUACUAUCAUCACAUGAUCAGUUUCAGUUUAGUUUCAUGAAAUUUAUGUGAAGUGGUUUGUGAUGAAUUUUUUAUUUUAUUUAUUUUGAUGACAAUAAUAUUUCAUUA